AUGGCGAAGCGGGAGCGCAGCCCUUCACUGCCGAAGCAGACGGCAAGGCGACGGAAGCGCGGCGGUAGACGGCGUCGCAAGAAGCAGAGGAGGGAAGUUAACCCCCCCGCCGUCCCGGCGACCUUCGCGUGCCACAUAUGCACAAAGAAUCACUGGACGGUUGCCUGCCCCCGGCUACGACGGAACCCCGAGGAAUUCCCAUUGAUGGACAGAAAGAAGGGGUGUUGGAAGUGCGCCCAGCGAGGGCAUCCAUCGGCGCAAUGCCCGGUGAAAAAGUACCGCUGUGCUGACUGCGGAGGCCUUCACGACACUCGUGACUGCGAGUUCGACCACAAAAGCGAGGAGUGGCACGAGUUCUACGACCCUAACACGCAGCACGUCUUUUAUAGUCAUAGUGAGACACAUGAGGUACAAUGGACACCGCCGACGCACCGGCUGGACGUGGUGUUGUGGUUCUGCCCCAACUGUAACAUCCUGCUGCCAAUGACUGUGCCGGAGUGUGUCACGUGCCACGCGCCACGGAUGGAGUCAAAGGUGUCCUCACAUUCUUCUUCCUCGGGCUCGUCUUCAGCUUCGUCCUCGUCUGCAUCCGCGUCUGAUAAUGAAGCCGAAGAGGAGGGCGACGACGACGACGACGACGACGAAAGUCGUUCUUCUGCUGGUGGAGAGAAAUAG